AUGCCGAAGACGGCGAAAAUGGAUGCUUCGCUCGUGUUACUGGGAAUUCUAAUCCUGAACUCACAAAAGCCACCCAAACCAGUGCCACUGAGACUGGUGAAUGGGAGCACCCCCUGCAUGGGGCGUGUGGAGCUGUAUUUUCAGGGGAACUGGGGCACCGUGUGCGGUGAUUCCUGGGAUAUGACUGCGCCACUGAGAUUGGCGAACGGGAGGAACCGGUGCGAGGGGCGUGUGGAGCUGUACUACCAGGGCACUUGGGGCACAGUGUGUGAUGAUUCCUGGGAUGUGAUGGACGCCCGGGUGGUCUGCCGGCGGCUGGGCUGUGGAGAAGCCAUCUCUGCCCCUGUCAGUGCCGGGUUCGGCGAGGGCUCCGGACCUAUUCUCCUGGAUGAGGUGAACUGUUCCGGGAAUGAAUCCUCUCUGGAAGAGUGUUCCCACGGGGGAUGGGGCACCCACAACUGCGCCCACCGGGAGGAUGCCGGUGUCAUCUGCACAGUAAAGGAGCGAUUUUUAGGGUUUCACCCAAAAGAUAAUACCCGAUUUUCACCCCUUAAAGUGUGGUCACCAUCCCAUGACUUUCAGUAUCACAUCCCUGAAGGCAUGAGAAACAUGCAGUGUCUAGCGAAGUCACUAUUCACAUACAAGUAUUUAACUCAAAGGGUAGACAAGGAACAGAAAAAGGAAAAACUAUCUGAAAUUUCCAAGUCCCUCAUAACCUUGUCUAAGCUUCUCGUACAGAAAUUGGAAGUGGAACAAGAGCAAGAGGCUACUCCUUCAGAAAAAACAUGUGAGUACCUGAGAUCAUCUCUGAAUUCACAGAUUCUCCAAUUCCUCUACAUCAUGUUCUUACAACCUGGAGCAAUAGUAGUUACAAAUGAUCCACUCCAAAUGGUAUGCUUCAUCAACAACCCAGGGAAUUCCUUCUCAACCUCUGGCCUCACUGUCAUUUCUCUUACAGGGCACCAACCCACCUCAGCAAAUCCUCAGGCCAUUCCAGUGAGACUGGUGAACGGGAGCACUCACUGCGAGGGCCGCGUGGAGCUGUAUUAUCAGGGCACUUGGGGCACGGUGUGUGAUGAUUCCUGGGAUUUGAUGGAUGCCCGGGUGGUCUGCCGGCAGCUGGGCUGUGGAGAAGCCAUCUCUGCCCCUAUCAGCGCCUGGUCCGGCGAAGGCUCCGGACGUAUUCUGCUGGACGACGUGAACUGUUCUGGGAACGAAUCGUCUCUGGAAGAUUGUUCCCACAGUGGAUGGGGGAACCACAACUGUGCCCACCGGGAGGAUGCUAGUGUCAUCUGCGCAGGUGGGCCUGUUGCUCAGAUCAAUUUGAUAUCAGAAUACUGGGAGUUACUAAUAUAGCCCUAAGACGUUAUCAGAAAAUCCAAUUAUUGUAAAGAACCGUCAUCCAUUCCAGUGAGACUGGUGAAUGGGAGCACUCACUGCGAGGGGCGCGUGGAGCUGUAUUAUCAGGGCACUUGGGGCACGGUGUGUGAUGAUUCCUGGGAUUUGAUGGAUGCCCGGGUGGUCUGCCGGCAGCUGGGCUGUGGAGAAGCCAUCUCUGCCCCUAUCAGCGCCUGGUCCGGAGAAGGCUCCGGACGUAUUCUGCUGGACGACGUGAACUGUUCUGGGAACGAAUCAUCUCUGGAAGAUUGUUCCCACAGUGGAUGGGGUAACCACAACUGUGCCCACCGGGAGGAUGCUAGUGUCGUCUGCGCAGGUGGGCCUAAAGCCAUCCCAGUGAGACUGGUGAAUGGGAGCACUCACUGUGAGGGGCGCGUGGAGCUGUAUUAUCAGGGCACUUGGGGCACGGUGUGUGAUGAUUCCUGGGAUGUGAUGGACGCCCGGGUGGUCUGCCGGCAGCUGGGCUGUGGAGAAGCCAUCUCUGCCCCUAUCAGCGCCUGGUCCGGUGAAGGCUCCGGGCGUAUUCUGCUGGACGACGUGAACUGUUCUGGGAACGAAUCGGUUCUGGAAGACUGUUCCCACAGUGGAUGGGGCAACCACAACUGUGCCCACCGGGAGGAUGCUAGUGUCAUCUGCGCAGCCAUCCCAGUGAGACUGGUGAAUGGGAGCACUCACUGUGAGGGGCGCGUGGAGCUGUAUUAUCAGGGCACUUGGGGCACGGUGUGUGAUGAUUCCUGGGAUGUGAUGGACGCCCGGGUGGUCUGCCGGCAGCUGGGCUGUGGAGAAGCCAUCUCUGCCCCUAUCAGCGCCUGGUCCGGUGAAGGCUCCGGGCGUAUUCUGCUGGACGACGUGAACUGUUCUGGGAACGAAUCGGUUCUGGAAGACUGUUCCCACAGUGGAUGGGGCAACCACAACUGUGCCCACCGGGAGGAUGCUAGUGUCAUCUGCGCAGGUGCUUUCCAAGCCAUUCCAGUGAGACUGGUGAAUGGGAGCACUCACUGCGAGGGCCGCGUGGAGCUGUAUUAUCAGGGCACCUGGGGCACGGUGUGCGAUGAUUCCUGGGAUUUGAUGGAUGCCCGGGUGGUCUGCCGGCAGCUGGGCUGUGGAGAAGCCAUCUCUGCCCCUAUCAGCGCCUGGUCCGGCGAAGGCUCCGGACGUAUUCUGCUGGACGACGUGAACUGUUCUGGGAACGAAUCGUCUCUGGAAGACUGUUCCCACAGUGGAUGGGGCAACCACAACUGUGCCCACCGGGAGGAUGCUAGUGUCAUCUGCGCAGACUGGCCACAGCUGAAACUAGUAAAUGGUUCCAGCAGAUGCUCUGGACGUGUUGAAGUUUACUUCCAAGGCAAAUGGGGCACAGUCUGCGAUGAUUACUGGGAUAAGAAAGAAGCAGAAGUGGUCUGCCGGCAACUGAACUGUGGACGGGCUAUUUCAGCCCCCAAGGAGGCCCAUUUUGGUGAAGGUUCAGGACAGAUUUUCCUGGAUAAUGUUGAUUGUACGGGAAGAGAAAGCUCCCUGGGAAAGUGUGCCCAUUCUGGGUGGUCUCUACACAACUGUGGCCAUGGAGAGGAUGCCAGUGUCAUCUGUAAAGACUGGCCACAGCUGAAACUAGUAAAUGGUUCGAGCAGAUGCUCUGGACGUGUUGAAGUUUACUUCCAAGGCAAAUGGGGCACAGUCUGCGAUGAUUACUGGGAUAAGAAAGAAGCGGAAGUGGUCUGCCGGCAACUGAACUGUGGACGAGCUAUUUCAGCCCCCAAGGAGGCCCAUUUUGGUGAAGGUUCAGGACAGAUUUUCCUGGAUAACGUUGAUUGUACGGGAAGAGAAAGCUCCCUGGGAGAGUGUGCCCAUUCUGGAUGGUCUCUACACAACUGUGGCCAUGGAGAGGAUGCCAGUGUCAUCUGUAAAGACAGUGGGGUAAGCUGGCAGACUCUGCGCCUGGCAAACGGCACCGAGAGAUGCUCAGGCCGUGUGGAGGUUUAUCACGACGGGAUGUGGGGGACGGUGUGUGAUGAUUUUUGGGAUCUGAAUGAAGCGCAGGUGGUUUGCCAGCAGCUCGGGUGUGGAGGGGCGGUUGCCGCCCCCGGAGGGGCCCACUUUGGACCAGGUUCCGGCGAAAUCCUGCUGGACAAUGUGCACUGUCGCGGGAAUGAAAGUCACCUCGCCCGGUGCCCCAGCAACGGCUGGUCGGCACACAACUGCGGUCAUGAUGAAGAUGCCAGUGUCGUCUGCUCAGGUACUUCAAAAGAUGUGCCCCUGAGACUGGUGGAUGGGCAUCACAGGUGUGAAGGUCGCGUGGAAGCGUCUCACAAUGGCACCUGGGGCACCGUGUGUGACGACGGCUGGGAUGUGAUGGACGCCCAGGUCGUAUGUCGUCAGUUGGGCUGCGGACUGGCUGUCUCCGCCCUUGGACGGGGCUAUUUUAAAGAAGGCUCGGGGCACAUCGCUCUGGACAAUGUCCGGUGCCUGGGGACGGAAUCCACCCUAGAACAGUGCGCUCACGAUGGCUGGUUCUCCCACAACUGUGGCCACGGUGAGGAUGCCGGUGUGAUCUGCUCAGCUUCUGCAGAACAAACCCCAUCAAGACCAACAGAUGAAAAUCCCCACUGUGGUGGUAUCCUUACCAAUGCCUCAGGCUCGUUUUCCACUCCCUGGCACCCUAAAAACUAUCCUCCCAAUGUGGACUGCACCUGGGAAAUCCAAGUCAAUCUUGAGGCUCACGUCAAACUCACAUUUGGAACGCUGAAGAUGGAACACUUUUCCAGCUGCUCCGACUUCGUUGAAGUCUUUGACGGAUUGCCAAAGGAUUCCCUCUCCCUGGGGAAGUUCUGUUCCGGGUCUCCUUCGGAAUUCACUUCCUCUUCGAACAGAAUGACCGUGGUGUUUCACAGCGACUCCAUCAUCACCAAUACUGGCUUUCACGCGGUCUAUGAGUCUAUCCCUCAAGAUGGAAAUAAUGUCGGUUCCAUGGAUUAUACAUCAGCAGGGGGCUCAGUGGAUGAUACACAUUUGGUGGAUUAUCCAACAUCAGCAAGACUUUACAUCUUUAUCUUCAAUAACAUUAGAUUCCCUCUGCCGCUCCAUUCUCUGUUCCUGGGAUUGCAUUUCCAGCCCCCAGCACAGUGUUCGGCACAAGAGGAGGGUUCAGUCAAUGCUAAGGACACUGAAACUGGUAAAGAUUCAAUGUCAGAAGAGGAUGAAACUCCUUCACCUGGUAAUAGUCCACCUUUUGAUAGUUUUAUAACACAAAUAGAAUACUUAAUAAUUGCUCAGAUUAAUAUGUGGAGAGCACACAAAAGGAAACUUAUUAGUAUCAUUUUCUUUCUCAGAUGUGGAGAGCACACAAAAGGAAACUUAUUAGUCUCAUUUUCUUUCUCAGGUAUUUCCACUCCUAAAGACAUGGCUCCUGUAAAAAGUAUUUCCACUCCCAAAGACGUGGCUCAUGUAAAAAAUAGUCUGCAGGAGGAGCUUCGAAAUUCCUAUCUUAUUAAAGACUUGGGGUUGGACAUGAUGGGAUGUGGAGAGUACACAAAAGGAAACUUAUUAGUAUCAUUUUCUUUCUCAGGCAUUUCCACUCCUAAAGACAUGGCUCCUAUAAGAAGCACAGAUUCAAUGUCAGAAGAGGAUGAAACUCCUUCACCUGGUAUUUCCACUCCUAAAGACAUGGCUCCUGUAAAAAGCACAGAUUCAAUGUCAGAAGAGGAUGAAACUCCUUCACCUGGUAUUUCCACUCCCAAAGACAUGGCUCCUGUAAAAAGCACAGACUCAACGUCAGAAGAGGAUGAAACUCCUUCACCUGGUACAGAUUCAAUGUCAGAAGAGGAUGAAACUCCUUCACCUGGUAUUUCCACUCAUACAGAAGUGGCUCCUGUAACAAGUACAGAUUCAAUGUCAGAAGAGGAUGAAACCCCUUCACCUGGUAUUUCCACUCAUACAGAAGUGGCUCCCGUAACAACUUCAUUCGAAGCAAAAAAAGUGACGCCUUCACCUGCCCAUUCAAAGACAACUGGAUCAUUCACUCUAAAUGUUGCAGCUGACUCGGCCAUACCCAAAGGAAAUGCCCAGCUGUCUUGCUUGCCUCACGGCAUCCACGCCGUCAUCGACAGAGGUUACCUCCGAAAGCUGGGCUACUCUUCGUGGGACGUCCAUUUGAACGACGCGGCCUGUAGGCCCACGGUCACCAAGGGCUACGUGGUUUUCAACAUACCCUACGGGCACUGUGGUACCGUCAAGCAGGAGAGGCAAGGUCUGACCAGCUAUUCCAACUCCAUUAAAAACAGGAUCCCGCCCAGUCAGAUGAUCUUGAGACAAAAGGUCCCACAACUGCACUUCACUUGCCAGGUGGACCAGGCCCCCCCGAGGGACGCGGCGUUCCCGGCCGACGGUCCGGGGAGAAGCCGGCCGAUCGGGCGCGCCAGCUACGACGUGUCCAUCUCAUUCUAUGAGUCUCCGGCCUUCCAGGGGCCCGGGAGCCAGAUACACUACUACGCUGGCCGAAGGAAAGACGUCUUCCUCCGAGCCACCCUCCGCACCCCCGAUCCAAACCUGGCCAUCGCCGUGGACACGUGUUUCGUCACUCCCGACGCCGCGGAUUUUGCGGCUGUGAAGUAUUACUUAAUCCAGGAGGGGUGCAUCAGGGACCGCACGUACAACAGUUUCCACUCACCCCGCAAGAACUUGGCACAGUUCAAAUUCAACGCCUUCGGCUUCCUCGACAACUACGACGUGGUUUACCUGCGGUGCGAGAUUGUGGUGUGUCGGGCCGGAGACAACUUUUCACGCUGCUCCAGGGGCUGUGUAGGUCACAGAAGAGGAGAGAAAAGCUCUAAGGAAGAGGAGAAGGAUUUCAAAUUCGUGGGGCCGGUAGAGAUUAAGAGACGGCGUCCUUAAGGGUACGGAUUGAGAGUGACCCUCCAUCCUGUGGAUUUCUCUCCUCUUCGUGUAGAUCAGUUUUCAAUCAAAAGGGGAAGGAUUUUCAUCUCUGAAAAUGAAGUCUGUUUAUCGGUGGCAUUUAAGGAAAUGGAUUAGAAUGAUGGUAUCCGGUAAUUGCUUACUAUGUGUCAAGCACUGUACUAGGCGCAGAGGAGAAAGCAAGCUGUGACGAUUCUUCCCUGGAGAUCAUUCCAAAAUCAAUAUCCUUGCAAUAGUCUUAAAAUCCAAAUCAUUCACUAAUUAAUCCGCUGAUUUAUCUACAGUCCAGAAAUUCUACAUUUAACCCACAUUUCACCUUGCCCGCUUAAUUCCGAAUGUGUGGAACUCAGUCACAGAAAUUGAUCUUCUGUCUCACUGCCGCUAUGACGCAGUUCUAGUUAACAGAUUAUUAAGUAAAUUCUGUCCGAUGACAUUCUUGAUUCACACAACUGCCUGCCAUUAGGCUCUGAGCAUAUUGUUGUCGUUAGCUCUUCAGUAGGGGCAGCAAUUAUUUUCAGCUCAGGGAACGCCUCUUUGACCAGUUCUCUGGAAGGGGAUGGUAUGAAAUGGUCCGGAGUCCCAAAGUCUCAACGCCCUACGUGCCAAGAUCCCACCGGCACAUCGGCUCAUUCCUCCCCGUGAUCCCUGUUGGCAUUCCAGGAACCUAAAACGAAUUGACCAUGAUUUAACAGCUGUCUUGGGUUCAGUUUGGUAAAGAAAAUCACUGGGCGUGAGAGAACAUAUCCCUAUCCCAGCUUUUUACU